AUGUGCAGGGCAGGAGGAACUCCAGGGCUGAAAUAAUCUACUGCCAAUUAAGUGGUGGCCCCAGCUAUCGCCAGAUCAGUGGAAAUAAAGCACUAUAGUAGCCUGCUGAUGACUGUUAACUGUUAAACGUGGAACUAAAGCAGUGUACUACUGUCACGAAGAAGCAAGAAGCAAUGAACUUCCAAAUUGCAAAGAUCAGUCAAAGCCUCACCACAGCUGAGCAGAUGAGGAGCCAAACAAACCUUGUGAUGCAGCCCUAUGCCAACUGGGAGCAGUACCUGACUCCUGCACCACUCUCUAUAGCCAUCAUGGGACAGCUUGUCUUCAUCUCUAAACAAACUGAUUUCUCCAUCAACAAAAAUCCACCCAAGGGAGGAUACAAGUACAUCAAGUACCCAGAGUCCUUUCGUGCCUGCCUCAUGCAAGUGUGUAACUCCGGCUGGUGGGCAUUCAAUGAAGCCCAUAAGAACAUGGACCAGAUUCGACUCCACACCCUCACUGUCCCAGAUUAUAUGAAGAAUGCUGUGAAGAUUCUGUUCCAAGGUGAUGAUGAGAUUGUUCAAGCCCACCUGCCUGACCAGCUGGAGAACAUUCGUGUUGUUGCAGAUGAUUGCCUUGUUUUGUCUUCUGCAACAGAAAAAUAUUUCACUGAUGUCAUCAACAUUAUCCAAGAGUUGCUGGAAGCAUGUAUAAAUGCUGAGAAAUGUUAUGGAGAUGACAUUGAAGCAAUAAAGAAGAAACUGGAAGAGAACAAACUGAGAAAAGCAUCAUCAGAUGAAGCUGUUAAACGCUCUGGGAAAGCAGUGAAAGCCAUAGAAGAACAACUCAAUGAAGCACAUGAGAGUUACAAAAAAGCAAUGGAUUCACUUCCCAGUGGAUGGGAUAUGAUGGGUAUGGAUUUUGUUGGAGCUGUGACUGAAAAUGUUACAGGUCUGUUGAAUGGAAUGACAGCUCUCAUAAAUUGCAAAGUGGACAAAAUAUAUAAUGCUACAAAAGAGAGAGAUGAAACAUUGAAUUGCAUAAAAGGUAAGGACAGGACUGCAGAUGUAAUCGAUGAAAUAAACAUCUACAGCAAGUCUGCAGAAAUCCUGAAAUGUGCAGAGAUGAUUCAGCAGUUCGUGCAGGAGGACAUCAUACAAUGGAACGACUUGUAUGAUCAGAAGAAUGAAUCUACCAAAUCAGAUUUCUCAUCAGAUCAAUGGAAAAGAAUCAAUGAGAGUUUAGAAAAAUUCUCACAGUGCAAAGCAAAGAAGGAUGCCCAAAAGAUAUGUAAACAAGGCAUCAACAUCUGCAACCAACUGGGAAGAUAUGCACCAGAUGGGAAAUGUGAGGAAGCCAACACAAAGGAGCUGACUGAAGAAAUCAGAAAACUGAUUGAAUCAGCCCGCAAAUUUGACAGCAAAAGCAAAGGUGUUACACAUUCUCCUGCCCUGGUGCCAAAACCACCCAUGAUGUUUAAGGAAGAAAGUAAAUCUGAAAAACAAACUGCUUCACAGAGAGCUACAGAGAAUGCUCGGUUCCGCAUAGAGGUGAGCAGAGCUCAGCUAGACAAGACCAGAGAAAUCUAUGAGAAGAGUGUAGAGAACAUGGAGAAGAACCAAAAGGAACUGACUGAAAUCCUGAUUGCCAUGAGGAACUGUGAAGUUAAAGAGAUAGACUUUAACACCACUAUCAAGAUGCUGGUGAAGGGUAUGGAUGCCAUGGGCAGAGUGAAGGAACAGUGGGAGAAGAUGGUCCACUUCUUUCAGAUGGUCUCCAACAUUGUGAAAACCAGCCUGACCAGCACUCUUAAACACUUUAUCUCUACAUCUGAGAAGACCCAGUCACUUUCAUAUAAUGCAAAGCUCUUCUCCAAAGACCUACUCUACAAACAAGCCUUUCAAGCCACUAACAUCGCUGGUCUGGUCAACAUGAUCUCAACAACUUACACUGAGGUGUCUGGAAAUCACCUCAUGGAUCGGAUCAGCUCACUGGGAAAACUUAUGGCCAUGGACAAGAAAAAGCCAGAGUUUGAACAGGAACAUCACCAGUUACAGAACAAUUGUGAUGCAGCUCAAAAAGCCAUUUUACAACUAGUUCAAAAGAACAAGGAUGAGUUUGAAAGGAAGACUCACUCAAGACUGGAGAAGAUUGAUAAAGAGCUGCUUGCAAUUCUCCCCUCAGCUGCCCCCGAAAAGAUGAAGAGCAUUCAAGCUGCUGUCAAAAGUGGAUUCGAAGAGGAAGAGGCAGAAGGCUACAUCUAAACAGAGGAGCAAAAUUUAUAUUUACCUACUAUCAGGUUAUCAGAUCUAUCAGAUUACUAUCAGAUCAAAACCAAACCAUACAAAGGCAUAAUGAUUUGAUGUAGCAUGCUUUGCCUGCAGCUAACAUGUUUCAAAACUUAAUUCCUAAUUCAUUGUUUAUGCUGCUUUCUCCCAUAUUACAAUAAAAUAUAUUCUUGUUUUCAAUGGUGAUUUGAAGGUUUCACUCUCCCAGUGUUGUAAUACACACUAAAGCAGCUCAAGAAAAGCAUGUGGCCCUCUUGUUUGUUUUAUUUUGCGAUUGUUUCUGAUUCUGUUUUGCAUUACAUUUUAUUUUGUGAUUGUUUUCUGCACAUUAUAGCUCUUUGAAAGAAGCACCAAGGUGAGGAGGUGAUAACAAGGUGAUGAGGUGUUAACGAGAUGAGGAGGUGAUAGAGAUGAGGAAGUGAUGAACUCUGAGCUGAGACCUCCCAGACAUCAUCUCCCGCCACCUCAUCUCUCCCCAUCCAUUAUCUUAUUCUCCUGUCUCUUAAUUUUGAUCACACUCCAGUGUUCUUGUACUGCCUGCCUGUUGUUAGACUAGCACACUUUUUCUGGCUAAGAAGAAAAAGAUCUUAAGUUUCUACAUGUACACAAUUAAACUUUGAGUAGCUGAG